ACACCACCCUCCCGGCUGGCAUCCCCGAGUCGCCGCCUGCCCCGCCGCGCGGAGCUAGCGCCGCCUCCGAGGGGCGCCGGAGCCAUGACCCUCCGCCGACUCAGGAAGCUGCAGCAGAAAGAGGAGGCGGCGGCCGCCCCAGACCCUGCUGCCCCGGCCCCCGACUCGGAAGCUGCUCCAGCCCCUCCGACCCCGACCCCGGCCUCGGGCCCCCCUGCCGCAGCCGCCAGCCCUGGGACCCCCGGGGACGAGCUGUACGCGGCGCUGGAGGACUAUCACCCUGCCGAGCUGUAUCGCGCGCUCGCCGUGUCCGGGGGUACCCUGCCUCGCCGAAAGGGCUCAGGAGUGCGCUGGAAGAAUCUCAGCCAGAGUCCUGAACAGCAGCGGAAAGUGCUGACUUUGGAGAAGGAGGAGAACCAGACCUUCGGCUUUGAGAUCCAGACUUAUGGCCUUCACCACCGGGAGGAGCAGCGCGUGGAGAUGGUGACCUUUGUCUGCCGGGUUCAUGAGUCCAGCCCUGCCCAGCUGGCUGGGCUCACACCAGGGGACACCAUCGCUAGUGUCAACGGCCUGAACGUGGAAGGCAUCCGGCAUCGGGAAAUUGUUGACAUCAUUAAGGCGUCUGGCAACGUUCUCAGACUGGAAACUCUGUAUGGGACAUCAAUUCGGAAGGCGGAACUGGAGGCUCGUCUGCAGUACCUGAAGCAAACCCUGUAUGAGAAGUGGGGAGAAUACAGGUCCCUAAUGGUGCAGGAGCAGCGGCUGGUGCACGGCCUCGUGGUGAAGGACCCGAGCAUCUAUGACACGCUGGAGUCCGUGCGCUCCAGCCUGUACGGUGCGGGCCUGCUCCCGGGCUCACUGCCCUUCGGGCCUCUGCUGGCCGCCCCCGGGGGCUCCCGCGGCGGCGCGCGGCGGGCCGGGGUCGACGCGGAUGACGCCGUCUACCACACGUGCUUCUUCGGGGGCGCUGAACCGCCUGAGCCUCCGCCGCCCCCGCCCCCUGCGCGCGCGCACGGCCCGGGUCCCGCCGACGCUUCGGCCCCGGGGCCCCGGGCGGUGCUGAGCCGCAGCGCCAGCGUGCGGUGCGCGGGCCCCGGGGGCGGCGGCGGCGGCGGCGGCUGCGGCGGCGUGGGCGCGCCGAGCGCUCUCUGGACUGAGGCCCGCGAGCAGGCCCUGUGCGGCCCCGGCCUGCGCAAAACCAAGUACCGCAGCUUCCGCCGGCGGCUGCUCAAGUUCAUCCCCGGACUCAACCGCUCCCUGGAGGAGGAGGAGAGCCAGCUGUAGGGGCGGGGGCGGGCGGGGGAAGGUAUUUAUUUAUUUAUUCUUUCCAGCCAGUGCAAAAAGGGGGCGGGGGCGGGCGCCUGGCCGCGGAGACUCCGGGAGCCCGAGGCGGCGGGAGAGGGUCCUUGCCAGCCCCAGCUGGCUUGCCUUCCUGGCUGUGCAGAGUGGUGAAUGAACCCGAGCCCCAGGCCCCUUUACUCCUCCCCAAAACCACAGUGGGAGGUGGGCACGGGAGAACUAGGCGAGCUCGGGGUUGGGAGAGGUUCGGGGGCCAAAGAUGGGGCGUGCCAUCCUACAUCUGGGUCAGUAGUGCCUUGUGGGGUGUCCAAGAAAACCCCUUCUCCGGGUGAGAGGACCCUGUCCCACGAAGCCCUCUCCUCAGUUUUACUUGCUCCCCACCCUUGGCCUUGGGGAGAAAUGGCCUAUGCCCAGUCGUUUCCCCAUCCCCCGACAGACAUAGUUCCAGUUAACCAGCGCUGGUCCCCCUCCCUCCCAGCCUUGACCCCUAAGGGCUUGGCCCCUCCCAGGAGCCUGUAACUAAGUGGGGUCUUGCCCGGCAGGGGUCCUGCGUCCUCUGCCCCUUGGGGGACAGGAAUGGGCAUGUCUGGGGGGAUGGGGGCAGCACAGACUGUUCCACCGUUUUGCAUAUUGUUGCUUCUGAACCACAGACUGUAUAAAAUCGACGGUUUUUUGCAUCUGUGUCAGUGUGGUGACUGCCUGAGGGGGAGGAUUGGGCUCUGGGCUCGGGCAAGCUCUGACUCCACCACCCCGCCCCCCAGCGCGCGCGCACACACACACACACACACACACACACACACACACACACACUAUCUCUCUCUCUCUCUCUCUCUC